AUGGUUGAUGCAUCCGGAGACAAGAGCGACAACUACGAGUCGAGGUUGGCUGCUGUGAAUGAGAUUGCCAAGCCUUUGGCGCCGAAGAAGUUGAACAAGAAGUUGUUGAAGACUGUCAAGAAGGCUGCCAAAGCCAAGCAGAUCAAGCGCGGUGUCAAGGAAGUCGUCAAAGCCCUCCGCAAGCAACAAAAAGGUCUCGUCAUCAUCGCCGGAGAUAUCUCCCCCAUUGACGUUAUCUCCCAUAUCCCCGUCCUCUGCGAAGAUGCGGACGUGCCCUAUGUUUUCGUUCCGUCGAAGGAGGAUUUGGGUGCUGCGGGUGCGACGAAGAGGCCGACGAGUUGUGUUAUGAUUGCGCCGGGAAGUGGAAAGAAGAAGGGAGACAAGGAGGGCAAGGAGGAGGAUUAUUUGGAGUUGUACCAGGAGGUGACCAAGGAGGUUUCUAAGGCCGAUGAGUGGUAA